GAUACUCGCGACAAUUAAAAAUAAAGAGUGCAGUGAUUUGUAGAACUGUAACAAUGAAACUUGUGACAAAAGCUCGUUUAAUCCGUUAGAAAAAUGAAUAAGUAAGUGCAAUUUGAAGUGAAAGAAAGUCACUGUGACAUUGAAAUGAACACGAUAAUGGCUCUAAGAAGCCAUACCCCUUCUUAUUAGUUACACUUGUGUGUUAGAGCUCGCGUGUUUAAUUUAAAGCAGACUAUGAAAUCAACGUCGUCGGGUUAAUGAAAGGUAUAACGCCGUUAAUACGUUCACUUUAUCCGAGUGCAAGAAGAAUAAUACAUAUUACGGUGCCUUUAAUAAUUUUUUUCCAUCUUUUGGUUAAUUUGUUGAUGAUGGAUACGGUUUUAAUUCCGAGCUACACUCAAUUGGUUUAAUUGAAAGACCUCUAGCGAUGAACAUUAUGAAUUCAGUAAUUGUCUUAUAUUCAUCGCUCGAACAUUAUCGCAUAAAUCGUGUUCGUAAUUUUUCUGUCACCGCUUCGCCACUCCGGUGAAUGGUUUUUAAUCAAUAAGUACCAAUAUCUAAUUGCGGUAGUUCGCGUAAAGAGGAGCAAAAAAUACUCACGCAUGUCUUACUACGCUAUUUUAAGAAUUUAAACUCGUAUUUAAUGGCCAAGAGAUGAUAUUCGGUGUGAUUCUGUUGUGCUCCGUUUUGAUUCAAAGCCCAGUCCCUUGUGUCGGCGAUGAAGCUUCGGUAAUCUUGACCAAAGUAGGAGAAUAUGCUGUGCUGGAUUGCGCCAUCGAGUUUCCUCACGAUAUCGUCAUACCUCACGUGCUCGAAUGGAGAAAAGAUGAUAAAAUUGUAUUCAAAUGGGCUGACGGUGAAAUGACCCCUGCUGAUAAUUUCGUCAACAGAAUACAUCUGUUGACUGAUAAAGAUGCUUGGCAGCAUGGUAAAGGAUCCGUGAAUAUAACCAGUAUUCGAGAAACAGACGAAGGAUGGUACGAAUGUAAGGUGAUAUUUCCAAACAGGACACCUUCCACUAAAGCAAAUGGAACUUGGUACCAUUUACAAGUUGAAGGAGGCAGCUUACUGGCAGUCCCUCCAAUAAAUCAAACUGUAAUGGAGGAAGAAUCGGUUAAAAUGAAAUGCGUCUCCAAGAUAUUGCCAGCCAAUGUAGUCUGGUAUAAGGAUGAAAUCCCUGUUACUGAAAUCCAAAACUUGAAGGAUCGGAUAAUAGUGAACCCUGAAGGAUCUCUGAAUAUAAUCAAAACCGAAAUGAAAGAUUCGGGAUAUUAUUUUUGCGAAAUUACCAAUGAUGACGGUGAAAAACAAUCAGCUGGAGCUUAUUUAAAUGUUCGAUUCAAAGCAAAAGUUGUCUACGCACCGAGACGAGUCUAUCUACCAUUUGGUCGACCAGGUCACUUGGAAUGUUACUUCAAGGCGAAUCCAGAAAUCACGAAAAUCCGCUGGGAAAAAGACGGUUUCCUAUUCGAUGCUUACAAUGUACCUGGAGUAUUUGCUAGAAAAAAUGGCUCCCUUUACUUCAGCAAGGUGGAUGAUUCGCAUGGAGGGGAAUACACCUGCACACCUUAUAACGAUCUAGGAACCAACGGUCCUUCACCUAGAAUGACUGUGAUCGUCCAAAGAGCACCAGUGUUCACCGUUACUCCUCAUAUCUUAUAUUUGAGGAAAAUAGGAGAUACUGUAGUAAUGCAAUGCGAUGCUGUAGACGGGGAAGGAUUCGAUAAACCGAAUUUGGCAUGGCGAAGGACAAACGGCGCUGAAAUACCUCACGAUAGAGCGUUGAUUUCUUUGGGUAAUUUAACCAUAAGAAAUAUUCAAGAAAGUGAUCGAGGAUAUUACCAGUGCAUCGCUACAAAUGAAGCAGCUACUGUUAGUUCCGAGUCCGAAUUGAUCAUACAAGAAAGCAUACGUAAUCACGCGCCUUAUAAUGUGACCACAGAUGUAUCGAAAAAUUCCGUCAAAGUGAGAUGGCUAUCUUCUUUAACGAAACCUAAAUUGAAAUUCAGCGUUUGGUAUCGAGUUGAAGAUGCUCAAGAAUGGAAAACCAAACAACUCGAUUCUAAAGAAAUUUUCGAAACUGAAAUAUCCGAUUUGAAUUCAGGCCAAGCUUACGAAGUUAUGGUUCUAAGCCAAGAUGAAAAUGGCGAUGGAAUGUUUAGCAAAACUGUAAAAAUUAUGACGAAGAAUCAUGAUGAAGAAGAACUAGAAGCUGAGAUUGAGACUGAAAUUGAUCGUGAAUUCAGAAGCCCCGUUGGUUUAUACCAACAAAUUGGUCCUCCUAAUGAUAUUUAUAUACGAGUAGAAGAAGAAGGCUACAGAGUGGUAUGGAAACCACCCAAACAUGGUCGAGAAAUGUUAAAAUAUUAUAGAGUUAUUUGGUACAGCGAACCAUCAGACGAACGUAUCGGUGUAAUCGAAACAUAUGAGAACAAUGCUAUAAUAAAAAAUCUCGAAGAACAAAAAACCUAUAAAAUCCAAAUAUUCGCACUGUCGACCAAUGAUUACGAAUCGUUCAGUCAAAAGUACAUCUAUUAUGUUCCAUCUUUCCCGAUGAAAAAACCAAUUUUCAUCGGAGCUGCAGGCGGUGCUCUUUUAGUGGCGAUUGCUAUCGCAGCCUUAUGGUAUGUUUUCAAUUUAAGCGGGAAAAAGUUGAUCUCUUGAUUGUACUUUUGUUUGUAGGUAUUGUAUUUGCAUAUAAAUGUAUGAUGAAGUGAUGAGUUACUUCGUAUGUAAUACCUAUACCUACCUAUUAACCUGUAAUAUAACUUGUAAACUUAAUCCUCAGGCACCUUUAUUUUUAAAUUACCUAUUUAUUUAUGAAUUUAUUGAGUAAAUGUACCAGGGAUGAAAAGCUAGCCGAAAGCUUAAAGCCGAAAGCUGAAAGCUGAGCAGAUAUUCGCACUUAGCCAAAAGCUAAAAGUUUGCAAGUUUCAUUUUUUCCAAGCCGAAAGCUAGCCAAAAGUUUCAUUCUUUUGGCUUUUUUCAAAGGCUUUUUUGCAGAAUUGAAUUCUCUAAAUUUAGAAGAAACAAAAAAAUGAAAAAAUUUCGUUCAAUUUUAUUUUAAUGCGAUUUAGUGAAAUGAAAAAUAAAGGAAAAUAAUUCUAGCAAUGAAUAUUCUCCACUAUCACUAAUUAUGAAAUCAAUGUACCUGAACUAAUUUUUAAUUCCAUUUUGUUGUAAAUUGAUGACGUAUCAGCUAAAAGCUUAAAGUCAAAAGCUUAAAGCCAAUAGUUAAAAGCUAAAAGCUUAAUGAAAUAUAACUGAAAGCUGUUAAAUUGAAAAUAUAAGGAAAAGCCAUUGGAAGCCGAAAGUCUGGCUAAAGCAAGCCUUAAAAAUCAAGAUAGCCGAAAGCUAAAGCCAAAAGUUUCAAUUUUGAAAUUUCAAGCUAAAAGCCAAAAGCUGAAGUUUCAUUUUAAGGCUUUUCAUCCCUGAAAUGUACAAUACAAUUUGUAAAUAAUUUUCUAGUCUGGAAAAAUUAGCUCGAUUUUGUAUUGAGCUGGCUCCGUAACGCUGAUUUUUUUCAAUUUGUAAAUCACACAUUUUUAAACAUUAGGUUCUUGUCGACUGAUUGUAAACAAUGUGUUACAGUAUUAGUUUAAUUUAUUCGUUAAAUAUCUACAGUAAGUACCUUACCUACCUUGGUUUGUUUACAGAAAUUAAAAUUCCUUCUCGUUAUAAA